AAGCAAGUGAUGUAACUUUUGAUUAUUUUAAAAAGAAUGCGAUAAAUUUAAAUGUUCGAUACCAUCACUGAAUCGAUAUUAAUUUACGAAAUGCUUCAUGGAUGUCGCUCGAUACAAGAAAAGUAUUUAGAUAAAACAGAAAUCUGAAGAUACAUUUUCUCGUAUAUAACAAUUUGUUCCUAACCUGAAAAUAAUUUCAAUCGCAAUUCAGAUAGAAAAAUGUUCAAAACAAUAUAUUUAAAUCAUUAGUCUUUCUGUUAAUAAUAAGUUAAACAUCGUACUUUAAUCGUGGUAAAAUAUAAAACUAGAAAUAUAUAAAUUUUCAACAAUGAUGAGAUCAAUGACAGUAGGAUUAAAUGUUUUAACAAUCCGAAACUUGAAUGCUUAUGAUUGUUUAACAUUUAAUGGAACUCAAAUUCAAAGUGUACGAUGGAAGAGAAAACCGAUUUGGUUACCAACAGCAAAAAGUAAAUUAUUUAGAGUACCGCAAAAAAAACACUUACCUGAAGAUGAAAUGCGUGAACUUAAACGUUUGUUUAAUAAUUACAGAACACAGUGUAACUCUUUAUUAAAAUAUUUUCAUAUAAAAUACAGGGAUAGUAUACAAUGUUUAGAUACACAGGUUAUAGAAAAUAAUAUAAAAAAAGAUUUUGAAAUGUCCAGUUACAUAAAUGACAGAUGGAAUGAACAUGUAGCUGCAUUACGAGAGCAGAGAUUAGCGAAAGAAAGAAAACAACGUAAAGAAGAAAUUAGGGAAAAAGUAAAGGCGAAAGAAGAAAGGGAAUUGAAACUUCAAGAGUUAAUAGAUACACAAGUUAAGAAGGCAAAAGAAGAAGCCCCAACAUUUAUUACUCGCGAAAAUAUAGAUGAAGCUAUUGAAAAUGCAUUAAAAACUAUCGUAGAUCACAAUGCUGCACUUGAUCCUAAGGGACGAUUUCAUAAGAAUAUUCCUGAAAACUCUGUUUCAUCAAAUGUAAUGAAUUAAAUAAAAGAUAUUGUGUAAUUACCUAUGUCUUGAUAAGUAGUUUGAUUCAAUAAAUGUGACAACUUUGCAAUUA